CAUAGUUACAGUUACACCCCCAUCACCGCAACACAGAAUAUCUUCGAAACUUCCAGGCUCUAUUUCCUUUUUCCUCCUCACCACUCUAAAGAAUCAAAGAAUCAUUCCCUCUUCUCAUAGAAUCUACCGAACUCCAUUUCUAAUCUGACGACGGACCGUAAUCACAUAAACUAUUUUUCUCGCCCUCAGCAACAGUUUCCCGAGAAAGUCCUCUUUUUUCCCGAGAAAAUCCAUCAUGGCGAAUCUCAAUGAACCAGCUACAAUCUCUUGUUAUUCCUUCGCAGAUUUCCCUGAGGACGUCCAGCUCUGCGUCUUAUCGUUUCUGUCCCCGGCUGAAAUCGCCAAUUUCGCUUGCACGUCGAAGCAGUCUGUAUUAAUAUGUCGAAGCGACAGCAAGCUCUGGUACACCUUAUGCGACAGGAGGUGGGGCUCGCAAACCCAGAUCAGGAAUUGGGGGAAUGGUCAAAUCAGCUACAAACUUCUCUACAAGACUCUUGACAAGUGGGAGAAUCUGAUCGGAUUCUGGCGUCGGUGCGGCAAUUCCCCUGCAACGACCACGGUUGAAUCCCCGUCGUUGAUUUUCUUCGAGUGGGGACCAUCGUUUCUCGCGGGCUCUCGCGUUUCCCCCUCCAGAAACGGCACCUAUCAUGUAAUAAAGUCGCCGUUUUUAUAUUUGGGAAUAUCAUCGGAGGGACAGAUAGUGAGUUUUCUCGAUUCCGAUGGGUGCAAUGGUGAAAUAUCCGUUAAUAUUGCGAGCUACUGGCAAUUCGGGUAUUUGGAUAACAACCUGAUUCCGGUUAAUGUUGAUUUCAUGGGGAAUUCCUACUUCACUGUGGAGGAAAAUCGGAAUUUGACUUAUUCUUCUCCAGAAUCAAAUAAGAACUGCUUUAAAAGAAGUUCAAGUUCAUCAAAUUUACGCGGAGAAGAGGAGGAAGCAAUUGAGGUACAGGGUGGGACACCAGGGAGCUUGCCGGAGAUGUCUGAAAUGUACCAGCAUUUGGCAAACAGGACGCGCACAGGGGCUGUGAGGAGGCAGAGGAGACGGGAGAAGGAGAGGCAGGCCACGAGGAGGCGCUGGGAGACAGAGCACUUUGUCAAGGUUGUUGAAUGCUCGCCCACCCUGGCACGCCCUUUGCAGGGAUUGUGGAAGGGUUUUUGUGAUGACAUGAACUUGGAAUUUUAUCUGGUGGCAUAUGAUGAUGUUGGAGGCAUCACCUGUCGAAGGGUUAGGGACUUGUCUGAACAUCUUAUUAGAUCUGCCCCUGUAUUUUGGACAUCGAAGCCUACAUUUAUUGAGUCUCCAUUUCCUACAGAAGAAGAAAGUUUAUAUGCCAGUCGGAUACAUCAGCGGCCACUUGCAGCAGUAAAUUACAGUCAGGAGCAAUAUUCUUUCACGGGCAAUGAGGAGGUCAUUCGCAUAGUGUACAUAAAUUCUAGUUAUGAUUUAGUAGUUCCUGGCUUGACAGAUACUUCUCCAAAUCUGCGCAAUGCGGAGGGUAGGAUUUGGCAGUAUAUAGAUGGGACAUUUGGAUUUGGGUUUCUCCGCGACAACUUCGUUAUAGACCUGAAGAAUAUUGCCAAAGAUGGUUUUCUUAUGGAUGCAGUCGGACAAUCUGGCGAUUGAUAUUCUCUUUGAGACCAUCUAUUGCAAUAAAAAUUAGUGACGCCAGAUGUGAUAUGUGUCACAUAUGUACUAAAUUUGUCGUGGAAAUACUAAAAUUUCAUUCUAUAGUGUAGUUUUUUUUUCUUAAAAAUUUUCAUGUAUCCUUCUUCUUUGUGCAAUCUGCAAAUCAUAACGAUGUAAGGGUUGUUGGAUUAUGAAGUUAUUCCUCUUUUUAAGUCCUGAACAUUGAUAAUGUC